UUAGUGAGAGGGUGGAAAGGACUAGAGACUGUUGAUCUUCUCUUACUCUUUCCAAUUCCCAUUCUCGGGUUCAUUCCUCCAUCUCUUAUUCCUUACCAUUUCACAGCCACCCAACACAGAAAAAUGGAAUUCGAUUCUAUCCCAACUGCUUUGUUAAUCUCAAGUAAGGCACCCGUUCAGGUCACACCACGUCGCCCUGAAUCAGUUUUUCAUCCUAGUGUUUGGGGAGAUCAUUUCCUUGCCUACGCUUCUGCUGACAUGGAAGUGGAUAUCAACAUGAAUCAAAAUCAUCAACAGCUUAAAGAAAAUGUGAAAAAGCAGCUAGUGGAAGCACAAGGUGAAUAUUCACAACAGCUAAAUCUUAUUGAUGCAAUCCAGCGCCUUGGUGUGGCCUACCAAUUCGAAACAGAGAUUGACAAAGGGUUACAUCAAAUAUAUGAAAACUAUCAUCAAAGUGGUCACAAAAAUGUCAGCAAUGAUGAGGAUCUUUACAUUACUGCUCUCUCGUUUCGAUUACUGAGGCAACACGGAUAUUCUAUCUCUUGUGAUGUAUUCAACAAACUCAAAGACAAUGAAGGAAAAUUUAAGGAAUCGUUGUUUGGUGAUGUGAGAGGAUUAUUGAGUUUGUACGAAGCUACAUUUCUGAGUGUACAUCAUGAAGAUAUACUAGAUGAAGCAAUGGAAUUUACCACUACUCACCUCUAUUCUGCACUACCGAACUUGAGCAAUAAUCCAAUUGCGGCACAAGUAGUUCAUGCUCUAUCUCAGCCCAUCCACAAGGGCUUGACAAGGCUCGAGUCAAGGCUUUUUAUUUCCUUCUAUCAAAAAGAUGAUUCCCACAAUAAAGUUCUAUUGGAUUUUGCGAAAUUGGAUUUCAACUUAUUGCAGAAAUUGCACCAGAAGGAGUUAAGCGAAAUCACAAGGUGGUGGAAAGAUUUGGACGUUGCAGGAAAACUACCUUUUGCAAGGGACAGAUUGGUGGAGAUGUACUUUUGGAUAUUGGGAGUGUAUGAGCCCCAUUAUAUUCUUGCUAUAAGAAAUCUAACCAAAGUGAUGUACUUGACUUCCAUUAUUGAUGACAUGUAUGAUGCUAGCAAUGCUACCCUCGAAGAGCUUGUGCUCUUCAAUGAUGCAAUCCAAAGGUGGGAAGUCAGUGCCUUGGAUCAACUUCCGGAUUAUAUGAAACUUGUUUAUCAAACGGUUUUGGAUACUUUCAACAUUAUUGAGGAUGAAAUGGCCAAGCAAGGAAGAUCAUAUGGAGUCGAAUACGCAAAAUCCGCAUUGAAAGAUUUGGUUGGAGUAUACUGUAAAGAAGCCAAAUGGUAUCAUGAAGGCUAUGUUCCAAGUAUGGACGAGCACUGGCCAGUUGCACUAUUGAGUUGUGGCUACCAAGCUGUUUCAACCAUGUCCUUUACUGGAAUGGGAGAGUUGGCGACCAAAGAGGCCUUUGAUUGGGUGUCUAGUAAUCCUUUGAUUGUUCAAGGUUCAUCAGUGAUUUGCAGACUCAUUGAUGACGUGGUUGGCCACAAGUUUGAGCAAGAAAGAGGUCACAUAGCCUCCUCAAUUGAAUGCUACAUGAAAAAAUUCGGUGCAACAGAAGGAGAGGCUAUCGUUGAAUUCCAGAAACGAGUUACAAAUGCAUGGAAAGACAUGAACUCAGAGUUCCUCCGCCCAACCCCCGUCCCGAUGCCUCUCCUCCGGCUACCUUUGAACCUCGCACGAGUUGUUUAUGUUUUAUACAAGGAUGGAGAUAAUUACACUCAUUCUGGAACCAAGUUGAAGGGAUUUGUGAGCUCAGUACUCGUUGAUCCUGUGCCAACUUGAAAUCUCUGUCGCAAAAUUGAGUCCAAAGAUCAGCAUGGGCAAGAAAGAGGUCACCUAGCCUCAUCAAUUGAAUGCUACAUGAAACAAUACGGUGUAACAGAAGAAGAGGCUAUCGUUGAAUUCCAGAAACGAGUUACAAAUGCAUGGAAGGACAUGAACUCAGAGUGCCUCCGCCCAACUGUUAUCAAAAUUCUUGUUUUCUUUCCAAUCGACGGAGAAUCGACGGGAAAUCGUAUUGUAAAGCUUGCUGGAAUGUGGAUGUGAAAAGUGGAGUUUGGUUCCUUGCCGUAUUUCAGGACUUCUUUGGAAACAAACAAUGAAGUGGAUGAAGUAUGGAAGAAGAUUAACAAAAUGGACUUUGUUAACCCUCAAGGUAGAAGAACAACCAAUCGAGAUGAUUGAGUGAACAAUUACAAGUUAAUUCUACUCCUAGAAAAGAAAAGAUAAAGGCCUGAUUGGCGUUGUUUGUGUGUCCUUGAAACUGCUACUAACUUGUACUUAAAUAGGCCUCCGUCAAUUUGAAUUUGAAUCCUCCCUCUAGUAUGGCAGUUAUUCCUUCA